AUCACUUCCGGGGUCAUUGUGACCUUUGUAUAAGUCGUUCUGUCCGCCAUUGCUCUUCUCGGCGCGGGGCAGAUAGACAGCAGGACGACAACAUGCUCUCAUUGCGCAUUACAGCAGCUCUCGCCCGUACUUUAUCUCGUCGGGCUGGAUUUGUAUCCAAAAAUGUUGCUGCAACAUGUGUAGGAGUCAAGAAUCUACACACCACCCGGCCAUGGAUGCAGAAAACUGGCACAGCUGAGGUGUCGUCAAUCCUGGAAGAGAAGAUCUUGGGAGCUGAUACCAGUGCUGAUUUGGAAGAGACUGGUCGUGUGCUGUCUAUUGGAGAUGGUAUUGCCAGGGUGUAUGGCCUUAGAAAUGUGCAGGCUGAGGAGAUGGUGGAGUUCUCUUCAGGUCUGAAGGGUAUGUCCUUGAACUUGGAGCCCGAUAACGUUGGUGUUGUGGUGUUUGGUAAUGACAAGCUGAUCAAGGAGGGCGACAUUGUCAAGAGGACAGGUGCUAUUGUGGAUGUGCCAGUUGGUGAAGAGCUGUUGGGCCGUGUUGUUGACGCACUGGGAAAUGCCAUUGAUGGAAAAGGCCCUCUCGGCUCCAAGACUCGUCGGCGUGUGGGUCUGAAGGCCCCUGGUAUCAUUCCUCGAAUCUCUGUGAGGGAGCCCAUGCAGACUGGCAUCAAAGCUGUGGACAGUUUGGUCCCCAUCGGUCGUGGGCAACGUGAGCUCAUCAUUGGUGACAGGCAGACUGGCAAAACUGCUAUUGCUAUUGACACAAUCAUCAACCAGAAGCGCUUCAACGACGGAACUGAUGAGAAGAAGAAACUGUAUUGCAUCUAUGUUGCUAUUGGCCAGAAGAGAUCCACCGUGGCCCAGCUGGUAAAGAGACUCACUGAUGCUGAUGCCAUGAAGUACACCAUCGUAGUAUCUGCUACUGCCUCCGAUGCCGCUCCACUGCAGUACCUGGCUCCUUACUCUGGCUGUUCAAUGGGAGAAUACUUCAGAGAUAACGGCAAGCACGCUUUGAUCAUCUAUGAUGAUCUGUCCAAGCAGGCUGUUGCCUAUCGUCAGAUGUCCCUGCUGCUCCGCCGUCCACCUGGUCGUGAGGCCUACCCUGGAGACGUCUUCUACUUGCAUUCCCGCCUGUUGGAGAGAGCUGCUAAGAUGAACGAUAACUUUGGUGGUGGCUCCCUCACAGCCCUUCCUGUUAUCGAGACACAGGCUGGUGACGUGUCAGCCUACAUUCCGACGAACGUCAUCUCCAUCACAGAUGGACAGAUCUUCCUGGAGACUGAGUUGUUUUACAAAGGUAUUCGUCCAGCCAUCAAUGUCGGUCUGUCUGUGUCACGUGUCGGAUCAGCUGCGCAGACCAGGGCUAUGAAGCAGGUGGCUGGUACCAUGAAGCUGGAACUGGCUCAGUACCGCGAGGUGGCUGCUUUUGCCCAGUUUGGUUCUGACCUGGACGCCGCCACUCAGCAGCUGCUGAACCGUGGUGUUCGUCUGACUGAGCUCCUGAAGCAGGGCCAGUACUCUCCAAUGGCUAUUGAAGAACAGGUAGCAGUUAUUUAUGCUGGUGUGCGGGGACACCUGGACAAAAUGGAGCCCAGCAAGAUUACAAAGUUUGAGAAGGCGUUCCUGCAGCACAUACUGAGCCAACAACAAGAGCUGCUGGCAACUAUUCGGGCUGACGGCAAAAUCUCAGAGGCAUCAGAUGCUAAACUCAAACAAGUUGUGCUGAAUUUCCUCUCCAGCUUUGAGUAAUGUUGAGCUUUCUGGUCAUGUUGCACCAUCAGUUACACUUUCUAUGAAUGUUGAAAAUUUCAAGUGGAACUUGGUCUUUAAUGUACAGUUAGAAAAUAAAGUAUUCCAACUCUGA